AUGAGGUGCAUAAAGACGGCUACGGCGUCUCCAGAGACAGUCAGAGAUGCCCUACAACGUCCGUCUCAGAAAUCCAUCGAGACUGUGAUGGGGAUUGUUACCCCAAUCAUAAAAGCUGUACGAGACGAGGGUGACGAAGCACUCUUACGCUACACCCACGAGUUCGAGAAAGCAACGUCUCUCGACUCGCCCGUUUUGAAGGCGCCCUUUCCGCCAUGCUCAAUGGAACUUGCCUCUGAGACUGCACAGGCAAUUGACAUCACCUUCGAAAAUAUUCGCAAAUUCCAUGCUGCCCAACAGGAAUCACAUCCAUUACGGGUAGAGACUAUGCCCGGAGUUAUCUGCUCGAGGUUUUCCCGCCCGAUUGAGCGCGUUGGUCUCUACGUACCAGGCGGAACUGCAGUUCUCCCUUCAACCGCCCUCAUGUUAGGCGUCCCCGCCAUGGUAGCCGGUUGUAAGACCAUUAUCAUUGCAACCCCCCCACGUGCAGAUGGAUCUAUUACCCCGGAAAUUGUCUACAUCGCACAUAAAAUAGGCGCCCAGGCGAUCGUGCUAGCUGGUGGAGCACAAGCUGUGGCUGCUCUAGCCUACGGAACUCAGUCAAUCUGUAAGGUUGAUAAGAUCCUUGGACCAGGUAAUCAGUUCGUCACAGCAGCCAAGGUGUUUGUCUCCAACGAUACAAAUGCAGCUGUAAGUAUCGAUAUGCCAGCUGGCCCCUCUGAGUUACUAGUUAUUGCAGAUCGGAAAUCAAACCCUGCUUUUGUUGCAUCCGAUUUACUUUCUCAAGCCGAGCAUGGUGUCGAUAGCCAAGUCAUUCUUAUUGCUGUUGACCUUUCUGAUGCGGAACUAACAGCUAUUGAAGACCAAUUGAGCGUACAAGCCAAGACUCUUCCGCGAGCUAAAUUUAUACAUGGUAGUCUCGAGCAUUCCGUUACUCUAUCGGUUCGAGAUAUCGAAGAGGCAGUUACAUUGAGCAAUCAGUAUGCGCCGGAACAUCUAAUUCUCCAAAUUGAAAAUGCCGAGCAAGUAGUUCCCCUUAUCAUGAAUGCGGGCAGUAUUUUCAUUGGGGAAUGGGCACCCGAGAGCGUGGGAGAUUAUUCGGCUGGUGUAAAUCAUUCAUUACCAACCUACGGCUAUGCCAAACAAUACUCAGGCGUCAGCCUAAGCUCAUUCACCAAACAUAUCACUUCUUGCCAACUGACUGCCCAAGGUCUGCGAAAUGUCGGUCCAUCUGUAAUGCAGCUGGCAAAGACUGAAGGGCUUGAUGGUCAUCGUCGUGCCGUAGAGCUUCGAAUAGAUUACCUCAACGAAAAUGGAUUAUGA